AUGACGAUGGCCGCGGCUUCGCCGGAGAAGCUCCACUGCGGCGAGGUGGGGUCCGGUGACGAAGAAAAGGAGGAGGCGGAGAGGGCUGAUGCCGAGGUGAUAGCGCAGCAGCUGUCGGAUCAAUCGCUGCGGGAGAAGGCGCAGCGCCUCCAGGGCCUGCUCACCGAAGGCACGUCCGAACGCCUCCCUGACCGCGGCAGGAAUCUGCGCGCCACACUCGAUGCCAUCCACCGGGAGCAAGACCGCCGCCAGGCCCGAGGCGACGGGGCACGAGCGCCGGUGAGUCGCUCUUAUUCUUUCCUGUUUCUGUCUUUCGUGGGCGGAGGUAUUAAGAGUAGAGGUUCUAUUUUCUGGGUGCUCCAAGCUGGUGUAAAAAACUUUGUGGGGGAUGAAUUGGGGGAGGAGGUGGAGAGUUGUGCUUCACUUCAAGGUCCUAUUCAACGAAAUGCCUGCAAGCCGUUUGAAGUCUAA